UUUCCUCCCAAGCCCGCCCCAGAGAGACCAGGUCGGGCCCUCGUCGCCUCUCGUCUUGCCAGGGGGGUGGGUGGGCUAGGAGAAGUCCUGCGCGCUCGGGGGGCGGCGGCCGGCCGCUACGUCCCGGGCCAUGCCGGGGGCCGGGGGCGUGCAGGCGCCGUCGGGACCCCGGUGGCGGAGCCCCCGCGGAGGGCGUGGGGGCGGGGGCUGCAGCCUCCCCUGCAGUUGCCGAGCGUCGCCAACAGGUUGCACCGUUCCCCGCCGCCGCGCGGCUCCUCGGGCGGGGAGCGGCCGGGGGUGGAGUGGGAGCGCGUGUGUGUGCGAGUGUGUGCGCGCUGUGGCGCCGCCUCCGCCCGCCCCCCGAUCGGUCCCGCUCGCUCGCCGCGGUCGGGCGGCCCUUUCGCGUGUCCGCGCUCCCUCCCCUCCUCCUCCUCCUCUUCCUCCUCCUCCUCCAUUUUGCGAGCUCGAGUCUGUGACUGGAGCCCCAGUCACCGCCCGCCCGUCGAGGACGGAUUCUAGUGGGUGGAAGGAGACGCCGCACCCGGAGCGGCCGAAGCUGCGGGGCGCCGGGACGGAGGACGCGCGCCUGAGAGCCCGGGCUCGCGGGGAUCGGCGCGGGGCGGGGGGCUGGCUUGUCAGCUGGGAAAUGGGAGACUUUCUCAAAUAGGGGCUCUCCCCUCCCCCCCCCAUGAAGAAGGGGGCGGCUGUUUACUUCCUUUUUUUAGAAAAAAAAAAAAAAAUCUCUCCCUACUGCUCCUCCUGCUUUCACACGUUAAGUUGUUUAUCUCGGCUGCGGUGGGAGCUGCGGACGGUGGCUGAUGAUCGGCGCCCCUGCCAGAGCUGAUGAUAAUAUCUGAUGGACUCCAAGGAAUCACUAAGCCCCCCGAGUAAAGAAGUCUCUAGCAGUGUGCUUGGUCGCGCGAGGGGAAAUGUGAUGGACUUCUAUAAAACCCUAAGGGGAGGAGCUACUGUGAAGGUUUCUGCUUCUUCACCCUCACUCUUGGCUGCUUCUCAGUCCGACUCCAAGCAUCCAAGACUUGGGGUUGACUUUUCAAAAGGCUCAGGAAGCAAUGCACAGCAGCCAGAUCUGUCCAAGGCGGUUUCACUCUCCAUGGGAUUAUAUAUGGGAGAGACAGAAACUAAAGUGAUGGGAAAUGACCUGGGAUUCCCACAGCAGGGCCAAAUCAGCCUUUCCUCUGGGGAGACAGACUUUCGGCUUCUGGAAGAAAGUAUUGCAAACCUCAGUAGGUCGACCAGUGUUGCAGAGAAGCCCAAGAGUUCAGCGUCUGCUGCUGUUUCUGCUGCCCCCACAGAGAGGGAGUUUUCAAAAACACUCUCGGACGUGUCUUCAGAACAGCAAAAUUUGAAGGGCCAGACUGGCACCAACGGGGGCAAUGUGAAGUUGUAUUCCACAGACCAAAGCACCUUUGACAUUUGGAGGAAAAAAUUCCAGGAUUUGGAGUUUUUUUCUGGGUCCCCAGAGAAAGAGUCGAGUGAGAGUCCUUGGAGAUCUGACCUCUUGAUAGAUGAAAACUGUUUGCUUUCUCCUUUGGCAGGAGAGGAUGAUCCAUUCCUCUUGGAAGGAAACUCGAAUGAGGACUGUAAGCCUCUUGUUUUACCGGACACUAAACCUAAAAUUAAGGAUAAUGGAGAUCUGAUCCUAUCAAGCCCCAACAGUGUGCCACUGCCCCAAGUGAAAACGGAAAAAGAAGAUUUCAUUGAACUCUGCACCCCUGGGGUAAUUAAGCAGGAGAAACUGGGCCCAGUUUACUGUCAGGCAAGCUUUUCUGGGGCAAAUAUAAUUGGUAAUAAAAUGUCUGCCAUUUCUGUUCAUGGUGUGAGUACCUCUGGGGGACAGAUGUACCACUAUGACAUGAAUACAGCAUCACUUUCUCAACAACAGGAUCAGAAGCCUAUUUUUAAUGUCAUUCCACCAAUUCCUGUUGGUUCAGAAAAUUGGAAUAGGUGCCAAGGAUCUGGAGAUGACAACUUGGCUUCCUUGGGGACUUUGAACUUCUCGGGUCGAUCGGUUUUUUCUAAUGGCUAUUCAAGCCCUGGGAUGAGACCAGAUGUCAGCUCUCCUCCAUCCAGCUCCUCUGCGGCAACGGGACCACCUCCCAAACUCUGCCUUGUGUGCUCUGACGAAGCCUCGGGCUGUCAUUACGGGGUCUUGACUUGCGGGAGCUGCAAAGUAUUCUUCAAAAGAGCGGUGGAAGGACAGCACAAUUAUCUUUGUGCUGGAAGAAAUGAUUGUAUCAUUGAUAAGAUUCGAAGGAAAAACUGUCCGGCAUGCCGCUAUCGAAAAUGUCUUCAAGCUGGAAUGAACCUGGAAGCUCGAAAAACAAAGAAAAAGAUAAAAGGAAUUCAGCAGGCCACUCCAGGAACGUCCCAAGAAACGUCUGAAAAUCCUGCUAACAAAACAAUAGUUCCUGCAACAUUACCACAGCUCACCCCUACGCUGGUGUCCCUGCUGGAGGUCAUUGAGCCUGAGGUGUUAUACGCAGGGUAUGACAGCUCUGUCCCAGAUUCGACUUGGCGGAUCAUGACCACACUGAACAUGUUAGGUGGGCGGCAAGUGAUUGCAGCAGUGAAAUGGGCCAAGGCGAUACCAGGCUUCAGGAACUUACACCUGGACGACCAAAUGACCCUACUGCAAUAUUCAUGGAUGUUCCUCAUGGCAUUUGCCCUGGGCUGGAGAUCAUAUAGACAAUCAAGUGGAAGCAUGCUAUGUUUCGCUCCUGAUCUGAUUAUUAACGAGAACAGAAUGACCCUCCCCUGCAUGUAUGACCAAUGUAGACACAUGCUGUAUGUUUCCUCUGAGUUACAGAGGCUUCAGGUCUCUUAUGAAGAGUAUCUCUGUAUGAAAACCUUAUUGCUUCUCUCUUCAGUUCCUAAGGAAGGUUUGAAGAGCCAAGAGCUAUUUGAUGAAAUUCGAAUGACCUACAUCAAAGAGCUAGGAAAAGCCAUUGUGAAGAGGGAAGGGAACUCCAGCCAGAACUGGCAGCGCUUUUACCAACUGACAAAACUCUUGGACUCCAUGCAUGAUGUGGUUGAAAGUCUCCUUAACUUUUGCUUCCAAACAUUUUUGGAUAAGACCAUGAGUAUUGAAUUCCCAGAGAUGUUGGCUGAAAUCAUCACCAAUCAGAUACCAAAAUAUUCAAGUGGAAAUAUCAAAAAACUUCUGUUUCAUCAAAAGUGACUGCCUUAACAAGAAAGGUUGCCUUAAAGAAAGUUGAAUUUAUAGCUUUUACUGUACAAACUAUCAAUUUGUCCUGUAGCGGUUUUGCUGUUUUAUUUUUUCCUGUUUUUGUCUGGUCUUUGUUUUCGUUUUAAAUACGCACUACAUGUGGUUUAUAGAGGGCCAAGACUUGGCAACAGAAGCAGGUAAGCCAUCGCUUCUCAGUGGUGGGAAGAGUAGAGAGUGAUAGUAGGUGGACCCCAGAAAUGAGCCGCAGUCAUGGGGGGUGAUCUCCACUGUCAGGGAAGGAUGGCACCUAAACCCCCAGUGCCCGAAGUCUGCGUGACAAACUUUCUGCUCAUACUUUUCACAGCUGGCUGGACAAAGUUUUCUAGAAUUUUUGUUGGUGUAUUUUCCCCUGUAUAGUUAGGAUAGUAUUUUUUGAUUUAUGCAUGGAAACCUGAAAAAAAGUUUACAAGUGUAUAUCAGAAAAGGGAAGUUGUGCCUUUUAUAGCUAUUACUGUCUGAUUUUAACAAUUUCCUUUAUAUUCAGUGAACUAUGCUUGCUCAUUUUUUCUUACAUAAUUUUUGUAUCCAAGUUAUUGUACAGCUGUUUAAGAUGGGCAGCUAGUUCAUAGCUUUCCUAAACAAACUCUAAACAUUAAUCUUCUGUGUGAAAAUGGGUUGGUGCUUCUAACCUGAUGGCCCUUAGCUGUCAGAAGACCACAAAAAUUGACUCAUAUCUCCAGUAUUCUCGUCAAAAAAGCUCAUAUUUUGUAUAUAUCUGCUUCAGUGGAGAAUUCUCUAGGCUGUGCAAAUUAACUGUCCUAACUGGUGUAGAGCACCUAGUCCAGUGACCUGCUCGGUAAACUGUGGAUGAUGGUUGCAAACGACUAAUUUAAAAACAAAAAAAACACCACCAACAACAAAAAAAACUACCAAGAGGCCCUGUUUGCACUUAAUGCCCUAUCUCUGCUAUGGCUAGAUGGCAAGAAAGUUGGUCAACGGUCGUUCAGGACCUUUUGUUGUAGUUUGUAUAAGUUCUUGAAAAAGUCAGGAUUCCAGAUAACCAGCUGAGAGAUAUGAAUCAGACCAAGUAUUUCCUCUCACUCAACUUGACCCCCCAAAUAAAUUUCCAAUAUGGCAAAGGUAGCCAGACACCCAUUUUCACAUUCCCAUCCAUCACCAAUUGGUCUCUCUUUCCUGGCGGUGCAGGAAAGCUCAGCUACUGAUUUUUGUGAUUUCGAACUGUCAGACUUCCAUGUUUGUAAGACUACACAUGCCUCACAUCCCUCUGUGUGCCAUAGAGUUUAACAAAAGUCUUGUGAACUUCUCCUCACUGUUGAGAAUGAUUUUAAACAAAAUAGAAGCUGUAGUAGCCCUUUCUGUGUGCACCUUACCAACUUUCUGUAAACUCAAAACUUAUAUUUACUAAGCCACAAGAAAUCUGAUUUCUAUUCAAGGUGGCCAAAUUAUUUGUGUAAUAGAAAACUGAAAAUCUAAUAUUAAAAAAUAUGAAACUUCUAAUAUAUUUUUAUAUUUAGUUAUAGUUUCAGAUAUAUAUCAUAUUGGUAUUCACUAAUCUGGGAAGGGAAGGGCUACUGCAGCUUUACAUGCAAUUUAUUAAAAUGAUUGUAAAAUAGCUUGUAUAGUGUAAAAUAAGAAUGAUUUUUAGAUGAGAUUGUUUUAUCACGACAUGUUAUAUAUUUUUUGUAGGGGUCAAAGAAAUGUUGAUGGAGAACCCAUAUGAUUUAUAGUGUGUGCAAGCAUUCAUACAGGCAGCAGUGGUCUCAGAAACGCAACAGGUUUGCUCUAGGGGAAGAGGGACACGGAGACCGGCCCCCGUAUGCUGUGAAGGCUGCCGAGGCUCCAUCCCAUUCAGGUCACAGAGCGAGUCAUCCUCCGCCUCCCACAGUAGGUGACCGCCCUCCUCAUUCCCACAGUGAGUCUGUCCGCCCAGGUAUGUGGGCGGAGUCUCCCCUGGCUCAAGUGUGCAGUUUGGGGGGGGGGCGGGGACAGAGAGGUGGUGCCUGCCGUCCCACCCCCUCCCAGCACUCCCUGACAGCAGGGCUACUUUCCCACAGAGCACAGAGCCCCUCCAGCAGUGUGGUCAACACGGGGGCUUCAGGACUUUGGCAAUAAGACGCGUAGAGGUACCAGCAGUCUGUAAAUAGUGCAGAAUCCCAUAGGUUGCCAAAUAAUACACUAAUUUCUUUCUAUCCUACUAGAGUUCAUUUCCAAACAAACCGAGUACAUGUUUGUUUUCUUUGAAUGCUUUUUUGAAUGUUAUUUGUUAUUUUUCAGUAUUUGGAGAAAUUAUUUAAUAAAAAAUGUAAUCAUUUGCUUUUUGAAUGCUCUCUAAAAGGGAAUGUUCCUUUUGUAAUGGUUUAAAUUGAUCUCAAAGUAUUUUAAGAUGGUCUGUAACCCAGCUGGAUAUGAAAUUUUUGGUGCCUAAGAAAUACCGCUUGAAUAUUAUUAUCAAUGACAGUGUUAAGUCUCAAAAAGAGCUUCUGGAAGGUAAAUUAUUGUUCAUUAUGAAAGGUUAUAUGGUUAAAACCACAAAGCACAUCACAUGUUACUCUUAUUUUAGUUCCAACUUUGGUUCUCAAAAAAAAUAGAGUUCAGUGAAAAAAGAGACACGUGCACUUGGUCAAAAGAAAAUCAACUGACAUUUGUGAAACUAGGAGGCUGUAUCCUACAUGGAAAAGAAGUUGUGCUCUUGUGAAAUAAGUGGGAAGGAAGAAGGUUAUCUUAGCUACGUUUGAGUAGAGUUACGAUUUAAGUGAGAAAAGAUCCGGUGCUAUUGGAAAGCAGCUUCAUUUUCUACGUAGGUGGUGUCUUGUCAUCCCAAACUAAGUUUGUAGCAACUUGAGGGAGAGUUGGCAACAUGCCGAGGUGACUUACAGCAAAUCCUGAAACGUAUUUUUAAUUACUAGUGGAAAAAUGUGUCCUUCUCGGUGUUUUUAGGCCUUGCUGGGGACACUGUCCAAGUGCUUGUCUAAAACUCUGGCAGGGGAACCUGAAAGGGCAUCUACCUUCUGGAGAGAGGAAAAAGAAAAGGACACCCCAAAAGGAAAGCUAACAUGACUCGUGUCUGAAGAGCUUGAUAGUUAGCAUCAGGUGAGCUCUGGGUGUGCGUGCAAAGGAAAGCUGACCUCGCUUCAGAACUUGGGGGGGGGGCAGGGGCAGUUUUUUACCUAAACCACCUCUUCUCCAUCAGUCUUAGCUUAGUUUUGUGUUUAAUACCCUAAAGCGACAUCACUGUGGAAUGAACAGUAAGAUUAGACUCUGGUCUGUCAAAACUCAAGAACCCUGGCAGCCCUCAGUGAGAUUUCAGUGUUGGCCGGUCACCCUCAAGACUGUAGCUGUAAAUGAAUGUGUUUUCACGUGCCUGGUUUGAGAGUUGGAUGGGAGAAGAGGAAUGUAAGGACACUUUAACCACUUUGAAUGGAAGUUGCAUCAUUUUCCAGACUGUGAUCAGUCAGCCUGGUCCACCAGGGAUUAGUGACCAGGUUUUCAGGAAAGGAUUGUCUUCUCUCUAGAAAAUGCCUAAAAGAAGGAUUUUAUUUUCUGAUGAAAGGCUGUAUGAAAAUACCCUCCUCAAAUAACUUGCUUAACUACAUAUAGAUUCAAGUGUGUCAAUAUUCUAUUUUGUAUAUUAAACAAAUGCUAUAUAAUGGGGACAAAUCUAUAUUAUACUGUGUAUGGCAUUAUUAAGAAGCUUUUUCAUUAUUUUUUAUCACAGUAAUUUUAAAAAUGUGUAAAAAUUAAAACCAGUGACUCCUGUUUAAAAAUAAAAAGUUGUAGUUUUUUAUUCAUGCUGAAUAAUAAUCUGUAGUAAAAAAAAAAAAAAAUGUCUUUUUACCUACACAGUGAAAUGUCAGACUGUAAAAUCUUGUGUGGAAAUGUUUAACUUUUAUUUUUCAUUUAAAUUUGCUGUUCUGGUAUUACCAAACCACACAUUUGUAUUGAAUUGGCAGUAAAUGUUAGUUAGCCAUUUACAGCAAUGCCAAAUAUGGAGAAACAUCAUAAUAAAAAAAUCUGCUUUUUCAUUA